AAUAGCUCGUGGUGGUUACAUCACUGUGACGUCAAGGCACUUUUUUCUGCGGCCGGUUGGGCGCGCGGCGUAUAAAAGCCUUCAACACACACUGUCCCUCACACACACUCUCUGUGAGAAGCUGAACACCGGAAAUGACGCUCGGACACUCAUUAUCCUAUUAUUCACCUUCAUCCUUAUUUUCAUCAUCAUCAUCAUCCACCUCGUCCUCUCCAGUCGCACGCGGCUCCAUCAGGAAGAACCGGAAGUUCCGGUCCACUAAAGGUGCUUCGAAAGCGCGGCGUGAUUUGAUUAAUGCAGAAAUCCGGAAGCUGCGCGCGCUGCUGCCGAUCAGCGCCGAGGAGCGCGAGCGUCUCUCCUACCUGCACGCGAUGUCCGUCAUCUGCACGUUCAUCCGGAAAUCCGUGCUGCUCGCGCGUGAUGGAGUGUGUGUCGCCGGUGGUGAUGAAGGUGUGACUCCUGCAUGUGAAGAUCAGCUAAACGCACUUCCUGGUUUUUUGGUUGCGAUGACGAGCGAGGGGAAAUUACUGUACGUCUCAGAGAACGUGUCUCACUACCUCGGCCUUUCCAUGGUGGAGGUUCUGCAGGGAGACACAUUUUACAGCAUGAUCACCAACAUUGACACAGAAAAAGUCAAGUUCUACCUGCAGCACAAGAACCUAAACACAGAGAGGAGCUGUGUGUGUGUGUUCAGGACUAAUAGACAGUGCUGCCCCCUGCUGGUCAGGAUGCGUGUGUUCGACCCUCAGCGGGGCCUCGUCGUGGCUCUGUGUUCACCUUCACUGAGAGAGAGAGACAGCUUUACCACCACACACACACCAGACAUGAGAUACACACACACACACUACAGUGUGGUGUUACAUUUGGGUUAUGAGGCAGAGGAGCUGAUUGGUCAGUCCUGGUACAGCAUCAUCCAUCCUGAUGACCUGUUACUGAGUGCCAGAGGACACAAACAACUGAUGCACUGUGAGCAGGUAGACUUUGUGCUGCGAGUGCAGGAUAAACAGCUGAACUGGGUCUGGCUUUACAUCAUUGCCACCAGACACACACAGAGUCACAUGAUCACCUGCACCAAUUACAUCAUCAGUGAAGUCGUGGCUGAGGAUCUGAGACACAAACUCAGCACUGUGUCGUCCGUUUCUUCUCCGUCCCUCAGUCCUCCAGGAUCCCAGAAUUCCCAGCGCUCCACCAAGAGACCAGCAGAGGGCAGCGCUGAGAGCAGGAGAAGGAAAAACAGACGAGUGUCUACAGCAGCGUCUUCUUCUCUUCCCUACAGCCCUAAUUCCUCCUUCUCUUCUCCAGCACAGGAAGUUGGCAAUAUAGACUUGCUGUUCAGCUCUUCAGCGUUUUGCCCAUUUUACACCUCCCCCUCUCAGAACUUCCAGUGGCCCAACUUUGACUCCACCCCACUGACUCCGCCCCCAUUCUGUUACCCUUCCGAGGUCAGUGUUCCCGAUGACCAUGCAGAACUUCCUGGCAGCUUGUCAGACAGUUUCCUGUACCUGGAGGACUUCAAUUCAUUUCCUUCAUCAGCAACAGGAAAUGAUAGAACAUUCAAUGCCCCAGAGGAUUAUGGGUGGUCAAGUCUGCAGACUCCGCCGCCACCUCCUCUACAUUACAGUGAGAUGGAGCAGGUUGAGAUCAGUGUCCUUGCUCAGCAGAUCUCCUCUCUGGCCAGCAGCUUUGAUUCGUACUGUACUAAAAGCUCCGUCCAUCGAUCUGACCUCGCCCCUGGUUUGCAGUUUUGUGACCCUGAGGCCUUCCUGUUGGAUGAGGAAGUGAUUGACAGUGUAAUGCAGGUUCCCAGGGCUACACUGGAGGUUCAGGCUCUUGAGGCUCUGCUGGAUUUAGAAAGGUGCUCAGAGGAACAACAACAUGAGUUCAGCCUUUAUUCACACACACAGCAAGAUGGGUUUAGUGAUGAAUCCCUGUAUUAAAGUGGAAUAUGUCUUUGACUCCGCCCCAUGUCUGGGACUCCACUGACCAGGUACCUUGCCACGUUGUCAUGGAGACCAGCCGCUGUCUUUCCUCACUGUUGCCAUCAGAAUGGGCUUCCUGUGUUUUCAAUAAUCAAUGAUCAGUAAUCAAUAAUGAAACUGUUAUUAAUAAUGAGUAUUACUAUCUCUGACAUCAUCACUUGUUUACUCUAAUUACACACAGCUUUUAUUUUAAAUAUAAUCUUCAUUAUAAUAUUAUAAUCUUUUUGGCGUGUGUGUGUGUGUGUUUAACUGAAUUAUUAUACACACUGUUCUAAACUAUUGUUAUUGUAAAUAGAUUACAGUCUUGUUUUAUUUUUGUAAUAUUAAUAAAGUUAAAACUGCAAAACGAAA